CAGUAAUAUCUGACAAUGAUAAUUGGUAUGCCCUUUCUACCUUGUCUAAUGCAAUGACCGAUGAGAAGAUAAACCAAGACCUUCAAAAUGACACAACCAAUAUAUUAAGAAAACCAUCGAAUGGACUGGAUCUUAUUGACUGGGAAGCUCAGCACGAGAAAUCUGAUUCAACUGAUGAGCCAAACCAGACACCCUCAGACCAGAGCCGAGCCUCCACUCCCACCGAUAGCGAGCCGGUCAAGACAGAGGACAUGCUUGGUGGAGAUGAUAUGCCGCUUCUGCCUUUGGCGACAUGUCUUGAACCAACGAAUGUUAUUCCUGUUAGAGAUAUCGAGAACUCAAUAAGCCCACCACAAAAUACAGUAAAAAGCGAGGAAAAACCUGUCGAGUCUGUGGCAACUCCACCUGAAGCUCAAGACAAAAAGUUACUGCUAUUCCAAAUCGAAACAACUAAGUUUGGAAAGCAAGAUUUGGUGUUGUAUGAAAACCGUGAUCCAAUAGUUGACGUAAAAGAGUAUUGUGAAAAGUAUGAAAUGAGCGAUCAUUUUGACAAGAUACUGGAAGCUGUCCUUGAAUCAUAUACCAGAAAGAAGACCAGACGUAUUCUAGGGAAAAAGAAAAAAUCCAAAACAAUUUCUACAUAAUUAAAACUCUUUUCUAUAUGAGAAAAUGUUUUUUGAGCUUGCUCAAAUCAAAUAAUCCAUUCUAAAGUUCAGCCAUUAGCUGGAUAAUAAUAAUAAUAAUAAUAAUAAUAAACAUAUUAGCAGUAGCGAAAGGGUAAUUAAUAAAUAUCACUCUUCCGACUAC